AUGUCGACACAUACUGUGAAAAGAAGGAAGCUCAGUCCCUCACCUACAUGUCCUAAUUUAUCUUCUCAGACUCAGCUACCGACAGCUACCACCCCGUUAAGCUUGAAUGUUGGUCGCAAAGAUGAGCAUUCAACAAAGAGCCACUCAGGUCGUAAAGGAAAGGGAGAUGGUUCGGCUGAACUUGCAAUGGCUAGUGGAUUUUAUAAAUCCAAUUUUUUCAAGUUGCAGAUGGACGAGUUGCUCGGUGGACUGAGACUGGACUAUGAUGGACGAAUCUCGAAGAUCCAGGACACUCUACACAAAUUGAAGGAGACCAUCGAAAGUCUCCCUGAUCGAUCACCGAAGUCUAUCUCCGAAGCUGAAACAGAGCUGCGUACAGGGUCUGAGAUCGUGGUUCCAUGGCCAGAACCGCGACCGGCUAAGGAUACCAAAUACACCCUGUCGUAUGCGAAGCCAUCAAAUAUCAACGUGGUGGGGAGCUUUGCUUUGAAAAAUGGAGCGAAGACAGCAGAAUCUCGUUCAGUCGAUCUAGCAGUGACUAUGCCCUGCUCAAUUUUCCAGGAGAAAGAUUAUGUGAACUACCGAUUUUUCCACAAGAGAGCGUACUAUAUCGCUUGCUUGGCGGCUGGCAUUCAAGAGCCGAUGAAUGCCCUUGGCUUAGACACCAAAUUUACCUUCCAAGAUGGAGACAGUCUUCGUCCUAUCAUCUUAUUGGAGUCUCGCCUUGCCUCGAAAUCCGAUUCGAGCAAAUCAAGAUCACAGAUUCGCAUCCUGACCGCUAUCGAACCGACCCUGUUCCCGAUCACACGGACACUGCCAACCAAGAGCAACAUUCGACAAGGCUCUUCCGUUGAUAAAUCGGAGACUGGCGAGCCGACUCCUUACUACAACGCGUCUCUUCGGUCCGAGGCCGCUGUCUCUCUAUACCACAAGUUUCUCUAUUCGGCCUCUCAAAAAUGCGAAUCCUUCCGAGAUGCGUGUAUCUUGGGACGCAUCUGGCUCCAGCAACGAGGGAUGAGUACAUCUUUCCAAAAUGGAGGUUUUGGGGGGUUCGAGUGGACGACACUUGUGUCGCUCCUGUUUGAAGGUGGCGGGCCCACUGGACAACCGAUUCUUCUGCGGUCUUACAGCAGUUAUCAAAUUUUCAAAGCAACGCUGCAAUUCCUUGCUGGUAGAGAUUUGACAAUUCCUCUUCUACUUUUCGCCACAGACAUCGCCGUUACUGAUGGCGGACCUGUUCUAUACGAUGGCCGCAGAGGUUUGAACCUGCUCUACAAGAUGACUUCGUGGUCCUAUGCAUCCCUUCGAAAAGAGGCGACUGUCACUCUCAAGAUGCUGAAUGAGUCGCGUGAAGACAAUUUCGACAAAGUUUUCAUUGUGAAGGUCGACGAGCCAGCGUUGAGAUUCGACCGCCUCCUUUCUUUACCUAAGGCGUUCAAUGGCGAUACAAUCCGAGCUCUUCGCGAUCAAAAUGCAUUGUUCACUACACUUUCGAGGGCCCUCGGGGACCGCGUCAAACUCAUUUCUUUUUCAAGCCAAUGUGCUGGCUCUUGGUCUAUCCGCUCGAAAGCCAUGAACAAGAAAGCAAGCCAUGGUCUAUCUGUGGGACUUUUGCUUGAUGCUAACCAUGUAUCUCGUGUGGUUGACCACGGUCCGCCUGCAGAGGAGAAGGAGGAGGCAGCAUCAUUCCGAGAAUUCUGGGGUGAGAAGUCGGAACUCCGACGUUUCAAAGAUGGUAAUAUUCUGGAGAGUCUUGCAUGGUCCGAUCAGCCCUCGGAUGGCUCUGUUGUGCACCAGAUUAUUGCUUACACGCUCCAUCGGCAUUUCAAGGUUACCGAGGAAGACUUCCUAUUUGCUGGUGAUGCGUACGAUGAUAAGCUAUUCGAUAAAGGGGAUGGAAUUGUGUUAUAUUCCAGCUCUCAUUUCCAGUCAAUUAACGAGGCCUUCAGUGACUUAGAAAGAUCGAUUGGGAACAUGGAGGAGGUCCCUCUAACCAUCCGGCACCUCGCUCCAGCCAGCUCAUUGCUCAGAUAUACCGCCCUCAGAGUGCAUAGCGCAGGUGGAGUCAAUGAACCGGCUGAUAUUGUCCUUCAAUUUGAAAGCUCGUCUAAGUGGCCCGAUGAUUUUGCCGCUAUCCAAAUGACGAAAGCCGCUUUUCUGCUGAAGAUUGGAGACUCAUUGGAAUCAUCAGGUGCCGCUUCGUCGUGCCGUGUCGGCCUGGAAAACGAAUCAAGCAAGGUGCUCAACAAUACUUAUCUGGAUAUCGUCCACACCUCUGGUUUCAUUUUCCGCUUAAGAAUUCAUCAUGACCGCGAGCAGACGCUUCUGGAACGCCAGCUGAAAGAUAAAACUGUCAGCCCUCGGGAAAGGGAAGAAGUUGCUUAUGCGCUCUUCACAUACAAAAAGUAUUUCGUGCAAACUCCUCGUUUGACUCAAGCGCUUCGCAGCCUCUGCACUCGCAUGCCUCUGCUCUCGUCUACAAUCCGUCUGGUCAAGCACUGGUUUAGCUCGCAUCUCUUCUCGGCUCAAAUCUGUGACGAAUUAAUCGAGCUUCUAACGAUCCGAACGUUCACACAACCGUACCCUUGGGAUUGCCCUGCUAGUGUCAUGACUGGAUUCCUGCGAACACUCCACUUCCUGUCUCGUUGGGAUUGGCAGCAAGAACCCUUCGUCGUCGAUCUGAGCGGAGACCUGAACCCUCAGAUCACCGAGACAAUUCGCACUCGGUUCGCUGCUUGGCGUAACAUUGACCCUGCAAUGAACACUCUUGCUCUCUUCGUUGCCUCAGAUGUUGACACUGAUGGAGUCACCUGGACCCAAUAUGAGAUGCCCUCCAAGGUCGUGGCUGGCCGCAUGUCUGCAUUGGCAAAAGCAGCUGUGAAUCUGAUUAGAAGAGAUAGCGGUGAUUUGGAUGUGUCUGAUCUUUUUCAGACCUCACUUGCACCGUAUGAUUUUGUCAUCAAUCUUCGCUCGAAGAUCCAAGGUGACCUUUCUGCACCAGUGUCCAAAUAUAAGAACCUGGUCGAGAGCGGGUUUGGUCGCGCUGGCAAGAUCGCAGCCGUAAAGGCGUUUGUCCAAGAUGUCCAAGCAUGCUACAAUCAAAGUCUCUUACUCUUCUACGGGGAUGAGCGCUGUGGAGUAAUUGCUGGUCUGUGGAAUCCGCAAACGCUGAAGCCUCGUAGUUGGAACCUCAAGACGGCGUUCUCCACCGCGCCAGCCGAGUCCCAGGAGGGGCAAGACCAGGUUAUGAUAAACCAGCCAGCGAUCCUGAAUGAGAUUGCCCGUCUGGGCGAAGGUCUCAUCGAAACUAUUGAUAACUACAGACAGAAGGCAUAG